AUGGUGACAUCUAAGAAGCUUGUUGCAAUGUUUCUCGUUUGCAUCGUUAUGAUUUCUUCAUGUGUUUACGUCUCCAUGGCUGACGGAGAAAGUAACUCAGAAAAAUUUGAAGAAGCAUAUAAAUCCGCUACAACGGACUACGUCGCUUGUUAUAAUAAUUGUCAAAAAGAAUGCUCCGGUGGAUACACUCAUUGUGAGAUGAAGUGUGACGAAGAUUGCACCGCUAAAUUGCUCAAAGAAAGAAUUGAGAAAAUGAAAAUGUAG